CAAUACAGUACAAGGGAGGCGUGGUGAACUUAGUAAGGCUACUUGGCCACCGGUUGCUUGUUUUUCUUGAUUUCAAAUACAACUACAAUGACGCAAACUGUGAGAUGUUGAUGCAGUGGGACGCAUUUUUUUUAAUGAGUUGUUGAAGUUGUGAUGUGCGCAAAGGAGGGGCGCCGCGUGCCAAACUGAGCGAACGCCGCCGGUGGGAACUGCACCAAAGAUGUCAACCUUGCUUUGCCACCCACACCAAAUCGAUUGUAUUACCCCCAAGAAGCCGGCUGCUCCACUUAUAAAGAGAGACGGGAGAAUAGUGCUCCGAAGACCGUGUUGAACAAGAACAGCUCGCAGCGACCAGGACUUUAAACCAUUUGAAGAAGUCAACUGGGUCCACUCUCAAAUCUAUCCAAGUCAUGCGGGUGGAGAGGAAAUGGCACAUUCUCCUGACUGUCCUCCUUCUGCUCAUCACCUCCAGCAAGUGUGUGGACAACAAGGAGGUCAAGCAGGAGAGGAGGACCCUGCUGGAUUUAAUCUUGCAGGUGAUCAGAGACAGCCAGCAACGAGACAAACAGAUUUGCAGGCGCUGCAGUCGGGGACUCUUUGCGUCCCUCCAAGACUUGAAGAUGCCCUCCCGUGAAAAGCCUUGGUACGUUCCCAGGCUGGAUAACCGUCAACUCACAGAAAUUCUUCCUCGAGAUCUGAAGAUGAAAAGCAAGUUCAUUCAGCACUUUGCAGGACCAGUCAAGUUCUCGUCGGAAUGCCGAACACACUUUGACAGACUUUAUCACAAAACAAGAGAUUGUUCAAGACCAGCAUAUUAUAAAAGAUGUGCAAGAUUGCUGACACGAUUAGCAAUGAGUCCACUCUGUGCGCGAUCAUAGAUUUCAUUUGUCCCAUCUUGACGGAAGAACAUGUUGCCAAGGAAGUGCCUUCCGAUCCACAGCAGUUAUAUAUGUACAAACAUUGUUGGGGAUUAUGAUAGUUUUUAUUUUUAUUACUCUUCUUGACAUUACCAGAAAUGCUUUUGAAUAUGUUAUUUUUUUCACAUGGAUGUUUCUGCUGUAUAUCAUACAGUACAUGUACUCUGUAUAUUUUAAAGGGGACAUUCAUUUAAUAUCCCACAUACUGUAUUAAAGUGUGUACUGUAUAGACUAUUUCCACCUGAGUUGGAUUGUUUUGACUUUGAUGAUUUCUCCUUAUGACUGAAGUCCUCAAUUGUUGUGAAGCCUGCAUUUGUCCUGCUCUUUUUUUUCAUCACCUUUUUAUUUGGCACUUGAGUGAUUGCUGACUAUGACAACAGAUGUGCUAACACAUGAUACUUUUGACCAAUAAAGACUAUUGAAGCAGA